GAAAUAAAAAUCAACAUUUUCUGAAAUAUAACUUCCUUAUAAUUCCAGGUUUCAUGUAAUGUACAUUUAUUUAUUUUUUUUAAAUAUUUAAACACUUCAUGAUAAGGUUACAAAAAGUGAAAUUAAAAAAAUAAUAAUUUACAAAAGUCAUUUUUAAAAAAUAAAAAUGUUUUUUUAAGUAUGUAAGGGGAAUUUGAACAUUAAAAACACAAAUAUCAGCUUCCAUUGACAUAUUUUUAUUAGAGAAAAAAAUUUAACAGAGUUUUCAUGUCGUCUGGCGCCCCCUAGCGUCCACCGGGAACACCCGCUCAUAAGUGACACUUUGGGAGGGGAGGCAGAACAAAACUGUAAGCUGCUGGGGAUCCAUCUUGCCCGAAAAAGAAACGAGGGUGAAGGAUUUUUACAGCUGAAAGUCUUCAAAACUGUGUCGACCCCCGUCGUGUGAGCUGGGGAGCCCGUGGAAGGGCUGCGCCGCUGCUAAUAGGAUGUCCCGACAUGAGGGUGUGAGCUGUGAUGCAUGUUUAAAGGGCAACUUUAGAGGACGACGGUUCAAGUGCUUAAUCUGCUACGACUACGACCUGUGCGCAUCGUGCUACGAGAGCGGCGCCACGACAACACGGCACACCACAGAACACCCCAUGCAGUGUAUAUUAACUAGAGUAGACUAUGACUUGUAUUACGGAGGAGACACUUUCUCGGUAGAGCAACCCCAGUCGUUCACAUGUCCUUACUGUGGCAAAAUGGGUUUCACGGAGACAUCCCUGCAGGAGCAUGUCACCUCUGAGCAUGCAGAGACUUCCACAGAGGUGAUCUGUCCGAUAUGUGCUGCUCUGCCAGGAGGAGACCCCAACCACGUCACAGACGACUUCACAGCUCACCUCACCCUCGAACACAGAGCGCCAAGAGAUUUAGAUGAAUCCAGCAGCGUGCGGCAUGUACGCAGGAUGUUCCACCCCGGAAGAGGUCUGGGAGGCCCCAGAGCACGGCGGACGAAUAUGCACUUUACUAGCGGCUCCACGGGAGGACUUUCCUCCUCCUCAUCACAGAGCUCCACAUACACCCCCAGUAACAGAGAAGCAAUGGACCCCAUCGCAGAGCUGUUGUCUCAGCUGUCAGGCGUGCGGCGUGCCGCGGGCGGGCAGAUAAACUCCUCGGGCCCUUCGGCCUCCCAGCUCCAGCAGCUUCAGAUGCAGCUGCAGUUGGAACGGCAGCAGGCGCAGGCGGCGCGGCAGCAGGUGGAGAGCGGCAGGCACGCGGCGCGGCGCGGCAACAACCCGAGCAACAGCGGCACCGCCAUCCCUCCGCCCAGCACGGCAACCGUCACCACGACCACCGUGGGUGAAAUGAAUUCCCCGUCCUCAUCCCACAGCUCCCAGUUCCUAUUAUCACGAUUGAACGAACCGAAGAUGUCCGAAGCGGAACGGCAGUUUCUAGAAGGAGAGCGAGCCGACCACAGCCUGUUUGUCCAGGAGCUCCUUUUGUCCACUUUGAUGCGAGAAGAGAGCUCCUCCUCGGACGAAGACGAGCGCCGAGACUUCGCCGACUUCGGAGCCAUGGGCUGCGUGGAUAUUAUGCCUUUAGACGUGGCGCUGGAGAACCUGCAGCUUCGGGAGAGCAGCUCUUCGGGGAAGGAGCCUCCGCCGCCUCCUCUUUGAUGUCCGAGCAUCGAGCAGACUGUGUCCUCUGUGCUGCAACUGCCAGUGACAGACAGCGGCGGCGGCAGCAGCAGCGAACCUCCCUGGCCUUGCCCUCCUUUCUCCUUGCUUUCUUUCAGAGUUUUUUGGUGAUUGUAAUUUCAGGCCUGUCACCACAUUUGUUACAUUGUAAGCAAAAAUCAAAUGUGAGCAAGUGCGAUAAAAUGUGAGAGUGAACGAGCAAACGAGACAAGAGAAAUAUAUAAAUAUAUAUAUAUAUAAAACUAUAUAUGAAGCUGAUAAUCAAUUCACCUAACGUUUCUUUAUCAGGUAAAUGUUACAGGCAGCUGUGGCAGACAUUCGCUUCCCGUGACAUCAAAACGGCUCUCCAUAUAAAUACUCCACAUUUAAAGGUUAAGAGGGCGCGGGCCCCUCUGAUGAAGCUGCUGUGUGUGUUAAUGAUUAAUAAAUAAAAAUUGCUUGGUUGGGUUACCAUAACUACUGCAUGCAGUUAUUUGCAGCGUGCAUGACUUUUAAUGACCACGUCAUUAAAUCUAUAUCUAAAACCCCCUUAUUUUUAUUUUUUUUUAGUUGUCAAAUUCUAAAUGAAUACCUUUUUUUUUCUUUUAAAUCAACUUAUAGUUUGUCUUAUUUUGAAAUCUGUUUGUGACUUGAACGUGCAGUGCUCCACAGCACCCCCCAUGGACGAUUGCAGAACUGCAGCUUCACAAAAAAAAUCCAAAGAAAAUAUUGAGUUUGCUCUCUAGAUGUUUAGUUCUAAGUUGUUUAAGCACAGUUUUAAUUUAUAGCUGACUCGGUGUGGUGCAUCUGUGCACUUGUGUCAGACCACAUGCUUUUCAUGGCUUGUUUGAAUCAAUUUGCUGGACAUAAAAAAAGCUUGAGACUUUC